GAGUAAACCAGUGACAGGCAAGCGAUACUUGUUCAGUAUCUGAGAGAUCCGACAGCUGCUUGAGGUGUCAUCUCAACUUCAACAUACCCUUCAACAGUUGCCAACUGCAGCAACAGUUGCCGCCAUGAUGUACAAGUCACUAAAUCCUUCAUCAGUAUGGUUAUACAGACUCCAACUGCUAGUACUCUGCGCCAUCAUUCAAGUUUCAACGAACCAUGCCUUUGUAGGUCAUCUUCAAGGCAUACCAGUACCAACAACAAGGCCCAUCCGACAGAAACCGACUCCUUUCCUACCGGUAACAGCACAGUGUCCUCAGCUGAGGCGACAACAUCGUCCAAACUCUUUCUUCUAUUAUUGCCGCCAUGCCACUACUACUGACAGCAACAAUGAAAAGGAUGAUACUACAACUACUACCACUACGCUGACAGAUUGGGUGGUGGAGAAUCUGGAAACGGACAAUCAAGUCAUUACCACGGCUUCCACCAUUCGAGCCGGAGAAAAUGAUACACUUCCCACGGAAGGACUCGCCAUUGGGGACUUUUUGAUCUUGGCCGCCGAGCAGGCACCCCACCAUACAUUUGGCAAACUACAACCCAUUCGAUUGCUGUUGGGCCGCAAUGGGUGGGGGACCGGCGUCCAUCCCACGACACGAUUGUGUUUGGAAUGGCUGUCUUCCAGCAGUAUUAAGGGAGGAGAAGUGAUCUUGGACUAUGGCUGUGGUUCCGGCAUUCUCUCCAUUGCGGCCCUCCACCAAGGAGCGUCUCGUGUCGUGGGAGUCGACGUGGAAGCGGAAGCACUGGUGACCACCGAACGCAAUUUGCAACUCAAUGGAUACGGGGCCGAACGGUUUCAAGGACUGCACACGCGACAAGUCGAACCCUACGGUAUGGUUCCGGCUGCCGAUAUUUGUGUGGCCAACAUUAUGGUGGGACAGUUGGUGCGGCCCUCCAUGGUGGCAGCCCUCGUCUCCAAUCUGGCACCGGGGGGAUGGCUGUGUCUGUCGGGUAUUCGGCCACAUCAAGUCGAUGCCUUGAAACAGGCAUAUGGCGAGAGUAUCGAAUGGGAGCAUUCUGCCGAAUUGUCCGCGUCGGAGUGUGAAGGAUCCUUGGAAUCCUACGGGUUUGAUACCGGGCGAUGGGCACGGUUGGCGGGGAGACGAAAACGAAACGAUCGAGAGGAAGACAUCCAAUCCAUGAGUGAAUUGGCAGUUUCGUGAAAUCACAAAGCAAAGAGGAGGCUGGGCAUUGGAAGGAUCCGCACCCUUCUACUGCUUGAACCAAGCAGUACCUAAGUACUUUUCCGUUCGCUGCUGGCCCAAUUUGCUGUUCUGUGCUGCAAUCAACAAUCUACCACACACUUUCCUUUCCAAACAAACUGCAAAGUUCAGCCUUUUCUAACUUGAUGGAUCUACUACAAAAUCAUUGCACUCUGCAAAAUUGAGAGAAACCUGCUUUUCCCGUGCAAACUCUUUCAGCCACUCGGGGGCUCGUCCGUGUCUUCGAUAAUCAUCAAACAGCUCGUCCCCGGCUGCGACAUCACACAGGGCCACCAAUAC